AUGAAUGUGAAAGAUAAUAACUUGUUAGACUUGACUGAGUUGUUGAUCGAUGUUGUGUCUAUGGAGGAUGAUUUCGUCCAUGAGUUGGCAAAAGAAAAACUGGCUGAAUACGAAGAAACAAAUCUGGAUGAUUAUUUGUCUACCUUAGUAAAGGAGUUUAGAGACGAAAAGAAAGGAGAUGGUAUCAGAGUAUCAGCUGCUCAACAGCUUAGCAAAACUCUCAGCAGAGUCUGGUCGUCUCUAGAGGAAGGAGCUAAGACUUCGAUUGGUGAAGCCUUGUUGGAAACUGCACUAUUAUCUCCCCAACCUUGUUGGUGA